CUCCCUUAAGACCAGACCACCCAUCAAAAAUCAUCUGGCCAAUCGAUUUGCGAACCUUGCGCGUCAAGCGAAGCUCUUUUCCCGGACUUUCCAUAAUCAGCUUACGAGGACCAGCAGCGUUUCGCUAUGUGAUUCCUGUCACGAUUUUAACAAAUAAUUCGGUCUAGUUAACAUGCGGACUGCGGAAGCACCGCAUCUCCAGGAAACACUACACAUCGCUGCGCAUUGGAAGCAAUGGCCGCAACGGUGACAAUCUUGCGCCAGCCUUUGGUCCUCCUCCCUAAAUCAAGGCCUCUGUCAACGGCUUCCACUCAUCUCCCAACAUAUCUUGCACGGCAACAAAUGACCCCUCCAGCCCGCGCCCCCCAUCGGUGUCUCUCGACAACAAGAAGCAUGAGCUCCGCCUCGGCCGCAAAGCUCUCCUUCCACGUCGCAGCCUCCUUCACGGCCAAAGACCGCCCGUAUGAUCCGUCAACACACAUCUUCCACUUCAACCCCUACAACCGCAUCAACCAGAACCGUAACAAGAGGUCCCGACCAGAUAGCGGCCACGAUGCCUUCUUUGUCAGUAGGGUGGGCGACUCGGGCGCAGUUGCCCUCGGCGUUGCCGAUGGUGUAGGCGGCUGGGUCGAUUCCGGGGUUGACCCCGCAGACUUUUCGCAUGGCUUCUGCGACUACAUGGCUUCCACCGCCUACGGACACGGCGCGAUCAAGAACGACCCGACAACACAAAGCACGGGUGACAAGGAGUCGCUGCGAGCGCAGAGCCUCAUGCAGGAGGGAUACCAGGCGAUAUGCGAAGACAGCACCGUCGUCGCCGGAGGUAGCACGGCCUGCGUUGCCGUUGCUUCGCCGGACGGCAACCUCGACGUGGCCAACCUUGGCGACUCAGGUUUCAUUCAGCUUCGGUUGAACGCCGUACACACCUACUCCGAACCCCAAACACACGCUUUCAAUACCCCCUACCAGCUCUCCAUCGUGCCUCCAAGCGUCGCUGCUCGUAUGGCAGCGUUCGGCGGCGCCAACCUCUGCGACUGCCCCCGCGACGCCGAUGUCACCCAGCACAGCCUCCGCCACGGUGACAUUGUUGUUUUCGCCACAGACGGCGUUUGGGACAAUCUCUUCAACCAGGACAUACUCCGCAUUGUGAGCCACGUCAUGACCUCUACGGGUGCGUGGCUCAUGACCAGGAACGGCGUUCGCGUCGUCGACAAUCUUAAGCCCUUUACAAAACCCUCCGAGGACGCCACUGGGAGACCGCCCUCCAAGUUUCUAACUCUGCAGAGUGUGCUCGCGGCCGAGAUCACAGCCGCCGCCAAGUCGGCCAGCCUCAACCGCAAGGUUGACGGCCCGUUCGCCAAAGGCGUGCAGAAGUACUUCCCACAAGAAAACUGGCAUGGCGGCAAAAUCGACGACAUUUGUACCCUCGUCCUUGUCGCGUCCGAGGACAAUAAGGCCGAACCCAAGAGCCGCCUAUGAAGUAAUUGUAUCAUUAGCAACACCCCCCCCCCCCCCCCCCCCCCCC